AGAGAGAGAGAGAGAGAUCGAGAGAGAGAGAAGAGAGAGAGAGCAGAUGGGCGUGCUGGACUUCAACGUGGCGCGGGGCUGCUUGGUGGUGGGCGUGUUCCUCCAGCAGAUCGAAGCACGGGGUUUUGAAGGAAUUCCGGGGAACUAUUGUAGAAACAGAAAACCGUCCGAGUGCUGCGAGGACCGCUUCGACGACUGCGCCGUGCCCAUCCUCGGGACGAUGUGCUACUGCGACGAGUUCUGCCUCUCGGGGGAUGCGAAGCACGACGACUGCUGCCCCGAUUUCGCCGAAGUCUGCCUCGGUGCCCAACCCGGGGGGCGGAUCCCUCUGCCCCCCGCCGAAUUGGGGGAUGACCCGGAGGUGCAGCUGAAAGCGUGUGAGGUGGGCGGUUCGGAAAUUCCUUUCGGUGGAUCCAAGUCCUUCAACUGCAACGAAUGCAAGUGCGAGGGCCCCGAGGCUGAGUGCGAGGACGACCCCUGCAUGGUGGACGAGGCCCUGAUACGAGAGGUCAACCAGGGCUCCCGGCGGUACGGCUGGAGGGCAACCAACUACACCCAGUUUUGGGGCAGGAAGGCGAGCGACGGGCUGCGGCUGAGGACGGGGACUUUCCUCCCCGAUGAGUGGUCUUCGAAAAUGGACCCCGUGAUCAUGCGCGUUGACGCCAGCAAGAUCCCCCGCGCAUUCAACGCCCGCAGAGCGUGGCGUGGGCGUGUGACGGGCGUGAGGGACCAGGGUUGGUGCGGCGCCUCGUGGGCGUUCUCCACCCUCGGCGUCGCUCAGGACAGGCUCAACAUCCUCGCCAAAGGCAUAGAGCCCGUGGCACUCUCCGCCCAGAACCUGCUGAGCUGCGCCGAGCUGGGUCAACAGGGGUGCCAAGGGGGCCAGAUUGACCGGGCAUGGAACUACCUGAGGAAGGUCGGGAUUGUGAUGGAGGAGUGUUAUCUCUACGAGAGCGGCUGGUCCGGGAAGGUGCCAAAGUGCUAUGAGCAGAAUGAGGGGAGGAAUGAUGAAAAUUGCAAGAACCACUACAAGACCGAGCCCGCCUUCCGUAUAUCCGAGAAGGAGGAGGACAUCCAGUGGGAGAUCCUGAACAACGGGCCUGUGCAAG